UCUCUGUCAUAGUUAGGUGAAACAAACUAUAGGGGUCUCGAUAAUUAAUGCCUUUCCCUUUUCUUUCCCCCUUGCUUUUCUACAGUUAAAUGUGUUCAGGCUGGCAGAUGUUUCAGGGCUAAAAAGCAGUUUCCUGAGUCAUCGCAGCGAGCAAAGGCUCAGUCUCCGUGAGGGGGUAACAGCUUUCAAAAUGAAACAGACUAUGUAGACACGGAUAGGGGAGUCGCAUCAUAAUCAACACUGCUCUCCAGUCCCCGUCCCUUGUUCUGGUUUUAAAAAUGGAUAUACACAAACUAUGCCGGUGUUCCAUGCCGGCGAUCGUGAGACACCUUGUAUUCUUAGUGCUUUCUAUCAAUUGUGGAAUAAUUACUUGUGAAAAUGAUGGUACUAUUUUAGAAGUGGUGGACGAAGAUCAAAAUGUGAAUAGACCUUUGAGCGAGUUUUUGACCCGAGGAAGGGUAAGACGUUCGGUGGGGUUUACUAGAACUCAACAACAUGCCAUAGUGGAAUUACAUAACAGGUUUAGAGGGGAGUCGAUUCCUCCAGCAGCAAAUAUGGAGCAUUUGAUAUGGAGCGACAGUUUAGCAAGGGCAGCCCAGGCCUGGUCAGAGAAUUGUACUUGGGGUCACGGGCCAGCUGGAGUGGUCACUGUCCAGUAUGGACAGAAUGUUUGGCUUGAUAAAGUAGCCACUUCUGGAAACCUCGUUGGUAUCACAGCAACGCGGGGAUGGUUCGAAGAAAGUAGCUUCUACGAUUAUGCAACCAACGGAUGCACAGGGGAACAGUGUGGUCACUAUACACAGUUAAUGUGGGCGUCAUCGAGAAAGGUGGGCUGCGGAAGGCACUACUGCCCAAGAGUGACGGGGGCGGGCGACGCCAGGGCCUGGUUCAUUACCUGCAAUUACUACCCACCGGGAAACUACAUUGGUGCCAAGCCAUACAUUGCCGGUGAAAGGUGUACAAAAUGUGAAUCGGGAACUGGAACGUGUAGUAAUAAUUUAUGCAGAAACUGUACGGGAAUUUCAACGCAAUGCCAAUGUCGGCAGGUCUGUCAUUGCGGUGGAACUCUUAACAGAGAUGAUUGCACCUGCGCAUGUCCUAAUGGCUAUUUCGGUCCCGACUGUUCUGAAUACUGCGAGGACAAGCAUCCCCUAUGCGGGAAAUCCCCCGGCUGGCCCGGGUACUGGACCUGUGCGUUACACCCUCAAAUCCCUCGAAACUGCCCAAAGAUGUGCAAAGUUUGCACGCCACCUGACCCCGCCUCACCAAGAUGUGUUCUCCCCACGGCACAAACUCCGACUUUCCAGCCAUUCAACACAGACGGCAACUUCUUCACGACAGCGUCUUUCUUCGGGCCUGGGGCGACUGACAUGACCACAGUAGAUGGCGCUAUAACACCAAGAAACGGUCGAAAGCGACCUACUAUCACCGACGUCCCUUGUGUGGAUAAGAAGUGCAAGAACGGCAUUGUAAGGGGAACAGAUUGCAGCUGUGCCUGUAUAGUCGGGUACGAGGGCAGAGAGUGCCAAUAUGUGACUACUGAGCUCGAUCAUGGAGUUAUAUUUUACUUGGAAGGAAAUAUGAAACAGUGGCCGACGAGUAAAUCUGUCUUGAAGGCUAUCAUCGCAAUGGCUGUAAAUUCUUAUUGUUCUCAGUAUCCUCAUGAAUGUUGUCUUAAAUCGUCAAAUUUACAAAAUCUCCUUCUAAACAGAACUCGAGUGCCUGCUUACAUCAAUGGCAGUCAUGUAAGCGCUGCAGUAGGGUUUCCUGUCAAGAUUAAUGAAAAUGAAUUCAAGGUUGAUAUGCUUGUACAUCCUCCUCCUAAAUCACCUCUUUGUAUAGACGGCGGCUAUCUAACUCAGAACCUACUCCUUUCAUCGCUCGGAUACCAAUUCGAUAGCAUCAAAGCUUCCUUGAGCGUCACCACAAACUUCACCCUCUACGCCCUUGAAGGUAGGGAGAUCCAAGCCAGUACUAACCCUGCCGACGACCCCUUCUCGCCCGAUGAAGGGGGCAAGGAAGGGGCCGAAAAGACUCUCACCAUCGUUCUUUCAACCGUAGCAGCAGUCACUUCCAUCUUCGCUAUCACGAUUAUCAUCAUGGCCAUACAUAAAUGCGUGAAAAAGAAAAAAGAAUAUAUCCGACCGGCGAUGUCGACCAAGAGUUCCUUCGUCAGCGUUCUCGGGGACGGGGACGGUGACGGUGACUCGGCGCUGACGGUCAAGGACGAAGUAUAUCACAACCGAGCCGCCAGGAUGGAGUCGGCGGCCGUCAGGAUUUCAAGGACAUCGAAUCUCUUCAAGAUGUCCAGAAGGUCGUGGUUGAUGACAACUCGGAAACAGUUAAGGAGGAAACUUCAAGUGCAGACGUCGGAAGGGAAGCUUUUUCCCCAUUGACCCUUGGUGUGCCAGUCUUCAGGAAAUGGUUUCAGUGACCAUUGUCCUUUGGAAUCGGUGAAGAAAUUACUCCCGCACGUCUCAUGUCGUGUCAUUGACGCCAAAGAGGACAAAGGGAAUAUAUUCUUGUUGUUCGUGACAAUGCAAUGUCGUGUUUCGUGUAACUAGCUUUGUGACUAACGUGUAACAUUACUUUUCUCAGUGACCGGUGUUUUUUCUAAGUUUUGGUGGUGUUAUGACCUUACCCUUAAAAAAGGUUGAAUUGUGUAUUAUAAUUAUUUUUAAUGAAAAUCUGUCUUGUAUAAUUAUGUUCUGCCUUUGAAAGGUCUCAACAUUAAAAAAAAAUCUUGUAAUGUAAAAAUGAAAUUCAUUAGAUUGGAUACUUGUUUAAAGUCAUUUCACGAAUCGCUUUAAUCACCGUCUUUCUAGAUUAGUUUAUACUCUCAAAAAAUAAGAUAGAAGAUGUUCAGGAUUUAAAACAAAAAUGAGGAUGACGAAAGACAUAAAAUGCACUAUAAGUUUUAUUCAGAGGUUAUCUGGGAAUAAUUUCAUGACUCUUGCUUGAGCAAGAUGAAACAAUCCGGAUUUUGUUGCAUUUACUACUGGGAAAUUCUACACAAAUGAAAAUCCAAAAUUAAUUGUUCGAAAUAGACAUGAAAUGAAAUACUCCGAAAAUUUACUCUGCCCAAUUAAUCGUGGGC